UACUCCGAAUAUUGAAAUGAAAAGGGCAGCUAGCAAGAAUCAAGCAUAUGCUUCCAGUCAAGAAGACAGUGAAAAUGACAGUGAUGAAACUGAGUGUAGUAUUGGCAGUAAUUCUACGGCUGGUACUCAUCGUAGCGACACACCUACGCGCAGCGCACGUUACAGAAGGAAAGGUCGAAGGAGGAGUAAAACAGCGAAAUAUAAACCAUGUACAGACAAGCCUCUUUAUAAAUAUUGCUGCAGUAUCAAGGAAGAUCAUGGACAACCUUUGUUUGGUGUGCAAUUUAAUCAUCACUUAAAAGAAGGUGAACCAUUGAUAUUUGCUUCAGUAGGAAGCAAUCGUGUGAGCAUCUAUGAAUGCCCAGAAGGAGGAAACAUAAGACUCCGACAGUGUUAUGCAGAUCCUGAUCCAGAAGAAAAUUUUUAUACUUGUACUUGGACCUAUGACGAUUCUGGAAAACCUCUAUUAGCAGUAGCUGGAUCACGUGGUGUUGUAAGAGUGAUCAGUCCUGUGACUAUGACAUGCAUCAAACACUAUAUUGGACAUGGCCAUGCUAUAAAUGAAUUAAAAAUCCAUCCCAAAGAUCCAAAUAUAUUGCUUUCUGCGUCAAAAGAUCAUGCUCUUAGACUAUGGAACAUAAAAACUGAUGUAUGCAUAGCAAUAUUUGGUGGUGUCGAGGGCCACAGAGAUGAAGUUUUAAGUGCUGAUUUUGAUAUGAAGGGGGAACGUGUUAUCUCAUGUGGUAUGGAUCACGCUUUAAAAUUGUGGUCACUGGACAAGCCAGAUAUGCAAGAAGCAAUAAAACAGUCCUACUAUUGUAAUCCCAGUCGUAACGGAAGACCUUUCGAUUCGAUACUUCAACAUUUUCCGGAUUUUACCACACGCGAUGUUCAUCGUAAUUAUGUCGAUUGCGUUAAAUGGUACGGCGACUUCAUUUUAAGCAAGUCGUGUGAAAAUUGUAUUGUUUGUUGGAAGCCUGGACGCCUAGAGGAUUCUCAUCUACGUAAUGGGGAAACAAGCGCCACUGUUCUACAUAGAUUUGAAUUCAAAGAAUGUGAUAUAUGGUUUAUACGAUUUUCCAUGGAUUUUUGGCAACGUACAAUAGCUUUAGGGAAUCAAGUGGGUAGGACGUAUGUCUGGGAUUUGGAAGUCGAUGAACCUGGCCAAGCGCGUUGUUACUCGCUCCAGCAUCCCAGAUGCACAGCACCUAUACGUCAAACUAGUUUAAGUAGAGAUGGUUCAGUUCUGUUGUGUGUUUGCGACGAUGCUACUGUUUGGAGAUGGAAUCGUGAACAUUAACGUUUAUGUAAUAUAUAAAAUGUGGUGCCUUUAUAUUUACAUAAUAUGUACUAUAUUCGAUACUUAUUACUGCCUACUACGCAAAACAACUACUCUAAACAGUGAAUUCUAAAUUUACAUUAAUACAUUAACCAUACAAAUGUAAUGAUUUUCGUUUUGCCAAUGAUUUAUAAAAGGAAUUAAAAUUUAGAUAUGCAUAUACUUUAUUAGAAGUCAUAACUUUCUCGUUAUGAAAAUAAAGAAUCAACACUUUAUACAUGACAUUGUAACGAUAAGGAUUUUAAGAGGAGGAACAUAAUUAAUAUGUCGCAUUCAUGAUUGUA